AUGUCUCAGGCAAAUGUUGAUCUCUCUUCACGAUUUCUUGAGUGUCUGGCCGUUGAGCGCCAGGAAAGCUUUGAACAGACGUCUGAGUUGCUUUCGCGAUCCUCGCCCAAAAGCUUGAGUGCCAAUGGACUAGCAGUGCUGAAUCUGAGCAUUUCGAAUGUGCGGACCGGAGUUGGAGGCAAACAGAUCGUGGAGUUGGUUCCACAUAGUUCUAUUGCCGGAAAAGAGAAUGCUGCGAUCCAAACAGGUGAUCUCAAGAUUGGUGACAUUGUCAAGAUGGACAAGUAUGGCUCUGACGUGAACACUAAGAAGCUGAAGAACUCGUCGAAAAGGAAGGAUGUUGACGACGCCGAGGAAACCAGCGUCCAGAUUGAUGGUGUGGUGGUGCUUGUGGGCGAACGGCAGAUUAACAUCGCGCUCAAUUACGACUCAAUGACAGCCGAAGGUGCCAAAACCGAGGAAAAAGUUUACUCUCUCUAUAACUCUGACGCUAAGAUAUGGCUUGUUCAGGUGGAUAAUGAGAUCACUUACAAUCGCAUGGAGUCAACGAUGAGGAAACUGGGUGAACUAGACUCUGACACGGCGUCUGAUCUUGUGAAGCUUGUAUUGGGCAAGUCUGCAUUUAUUCCACCUCCAUUAAAGUACCAAAAAUCAAAGCUGGAUUGGUUCAACGAUAACCUGAACAACUCUCAGAGGAAUGCCGUUCAAUUCUCGUUAGCAAGCAAUUUGAGCAUAAUUCACGGCCCUCCUGGAACGGGAAAAACAAGCACCAUAGUGGAGCUCGUCAAACAGAUGGUGUUGAGGAAAAGGGAGUCAGAAGGCAGAAAGCGUAUACUGAUCUGUGGGCCCUCCAAUAUCUCGAUAGAUACCAUUUUAGAGCGGCUUUCGUCCUUUUUCUCAGACAACAACCACUCAAAGCUGGUCCGCAUAGGCCAUCCUGCAAGGAUGUUACCCCAGAUUUUACGUCACUCACUAGAUAUCAUCGCAGAGAGCGAGUCAGGCGAGAUAUUAAAGGACAUUCUCCAGGAGAUUAAUCAGUUGACUCGGAAGAUCAAGAAAUCAAAAAGUUACAGAGAGCGCAGGGAGCUGUAUCAGACAAUCAAAGAGCUAAAGAAAGAUCUGCGUCUCCGAUCGAAAAAAGCAUACAGCGACGUUCUGUCAAACUCCGAAGUCGUGGCAGCUACUCUUCACGGGUCCUCCGCAAGAGAAGCUGUGAACUGUAUCCGCGAAAGAGGAGACUUAUUUGACACGAUAAUAAUAGACGAAGUUUCACAAGCCUUGGAGCCUUCCUGUUGGAUCCCGCUGAUAUAUCACCAAUCUCUAAAACAGCUUGUCAUUGCAGGCGAUAACAAACAGCUGUCACCAACGAUAAAAACCCAAAAUAAUGCCAAAGUGGUUAGCACUUUGAGUAAAACGUUAUUUGACAGAUUAAUCGAAGUACACAAAAACCACCAAGAGUUUACCUGCUUUCUUGACAUUCAGUACCGAAUGAACAAAAAGAUCAUGAGUUUUUUCAGUGAUGCUCUCUAUGACGGGAAGCUCAUCGCUCAUUCCUCGGUCGAGAAUAUCAAGCUUUCAGACCUGCCGUACGUGAAGUCUCCCCAGGAAGACAACGUAGCAGAGGAGGUCAUUUGGUACGAUACUCAGGGAGGCGAUUUCCCGGAAGCAGAUUCUGCUGAAGACGACUCAGCGGGCUUACAAGCUUCCAGAUAUAACGACGGAGAAUGUUUAGUGGUUCUGAAGCAUGUCCGGUCUUUGGUAGAAGACCACAAUGUGAAGCAGGGAGACAUAGGCAUUAUUUCUCCGUACAGUGCUCAGGUCUCUAACUUGCGAAGGCUUCUUCGAGAGGAGACGGAGCACCCGUUACCAGACAUCGAGAUCAGCACUGUGGACGGUUUCCAGGGGCGUGAAAAAGAGGUGAUCAUUUUGUCAUUGGUGAGGUCGAACGACUCACACGAUGUGGGAUUUUUGAAUGACCAUAGACGUAUGAACGUUUCUAUCAGUCGAGCCAAACGCCAGCUGUGCGUUGUGGGGGACAUGGAAACAAUAAGCGAAAGCAACGUGGUUUUCCUGAAGCAAUGGUGCGAAUGGUGCGAAGAAAAUGCCGAUAUUAGAUAUGUCGAUGUCAGCGAGCUAUGA